AUGGUUCACUUGUGCAUCUUUGAGGAGCCUCUGCAGUCGGCUUACUCGUCUAGUCACCACCACCACCACCACCACCACCCCUCCAUCAUCUCCCACCUGCUGCGGAGGACCAUCCACAACAAGAAGGCCAUGAGCGGGAACGGCGGCGGGGGAGGGGGAGGUGGUCACAUGUUCUAUCUCCCAGCAACAGCAGCAUCUCCAACUACACUGUCAAGAACAACAGCAGCAGCAGAAGCAGCAGGACAAGAAGAUGAGCAUUCCAUUGUGGGCGGUUCUUCUUCCAAGAGCAUUCCGGAAAUCUCUGAGUCAGAGUCAGCCUCAGAGGUGAGGAGGCAUCCUCCUCCUCCUCUCAUUGGUCCAAACGAAGAGAUGGGAGGAGAAAGGGAGAGGGAGAGGGAGAGGGAGCGGCCAAUCAGCGAUCACAUCGAGGCGAAGAGAGCGCGCGUGGAGAACAUCAUCCGGGGCAUGGCCGGGUCCGGAUCGCCCAACUCCCGUCUCCAGGGCAACAGGGAGGACGUCGCCGACGGCGGUAACAGCGACCCUGAGAUGAUGACGGAGCAGCACGAGAGGAAAGCGGAGGACGCCGCCCCCUUCCUCAGAGCCGAGAAGAAGCGCAAACAGAAGCUCCCGCAGCACCAGGGGAGCACCAGCAGCAGUACAGGUAGCCCUGGCAACGGGAUGCUGACCAGCACGCCUAGCAACAGAGACAGAGACAGAGGUGGCCUCAGCGUCAGCAUCAGCACCAGUAAGGCCCAGGAGUGCCAGAAGCUGCGGGCACAGCUGCAGAACAUGCAGAGGCUCCUGCAGCAGCUCGAGGAGAAGUUCUUCCAGGUGUACGACCGCAAGGACGCGGAGAAGGGCAGAAGAAUGGAGGAAGAAGAGGAGAAGGGCAGAAGAAUGGAGGAAGACGAGAAGGAACAAGAUGAUGAUGAGGAUGAGGAGAACUCUGGAGGACAUACUAAACGGCACGAUAGCUUUAUACAACAAGCAGGGCAAAGCGGCAGUGAGGCGAGUUUUCACUCUGAGAUGGAAGAUGAUGGUGGUGACGACGGAGAGGAGCAAGAGAGGCCUGAUUGGCUGAUAGGCAGCGGCCAGAGAGACAGGGCCACACCCACAGCAGCAGAGGUCAGCUAUGUGGUCAGCAAGGGGGAGGAGAGGAAGCUGCAGGAGACUCUCAAGUACGAGCUCUCCAAAGCGGUGAACGAAAGCAUCGAUUCCGUGUUCCAAAAAAUCUCGUCCACCCUCCUCCUGAACAACAACAAGCCCCCUCAUCUCAUCUCCUCAUCGCACCACCGCCCCGACCCUGCAGAUACCACAGAAAGGUCCGCAGCGAAAAAAAGGAUUCACAACAACAUGCCGUACGCCCAACCAGAGCUCUCCGCCGACAACACAGCAGCAGACGCCGCCGCCUGUGUCAUCAGACCGCUGCGGCCUCCGCAGUACUGCCAGAGCCCGACGACACCCACCCAACAACAACCGCCAACAAGCCCCGACCACCAAACCGAAGCGCUGUCCCUCGUCAUCCACAAAUCCCCCAGCAGCAGCACCAGUCAGUCGAACCCGAGUCGGCCUGAGCACCCGACAGCCCCGAACCCGACCCGGCCCUCCUACGCCCUCCACCACCACCACCAGCACCAGCAGCAGCCUGCAGCCGCAUUCCCGUACAGCUACGCCACCGCCGCGGCGGCCGCCGCUCCCCUCCACGACACCCAGAUCCUGGAGCACCUGCUGAAGUACGGCCCCCACGGCGGCUUCGGCAGGCUGGCCGGCAUGCACUCGUCCCUGGGCAGGACGUCGCCGGACUCCCCCUCUAUGGGGGACUUGGGGGCCUGGGAGAGCCUCUCCAUGAGGGCGGCCAAGGGGAUGGGCAUGGGGAUGGGGAUGGGGAUGGGAGUGGGAGUGGUGGCGGGUGGUCAUCUUGGGCAGCAGCAGCAGCACGAUAGUGAGGACACGACAGAGGUCACUUACGAGAAACACAAUGGAACUAAAGGGCGGAUACCCCUUAACACUGAACACAUCCAGGAGGGUCUGACACCCAACCACCUGAAGAAAGCCAAGCUGAUGUUCUUCUACACGCGCUACCCCAGCUCCAACGUGCUCAAGGCCUACUUCCCUGACGUAAAGUUCAACAGGUGCAUCACGUCGCAGCUGAUUAAGUGGUUCAGUAACUUCCGUGAGUUCUACUAUAUCCAGAUGGAGAAGUAUGCCCGCCAGGCGAUCGUGGACGGAGUUAACGACGUCAAGGGCCUCACAGUGGCACGCGACUGCGAACUCUUCAGAGCCCUCAACGUGCACUACAACAAGGCCAACGACUUUCAGGUGCCUGAGCGUUUUCUGGAGGUGGCGGAGAUCACUCUUCAGGAAUUCUUCACGGCCAUCUUCCUGGCCAAGGACUCCGACCCUUCUUGGAAGAAGGCCAUCUACAAGGUCAUCUGCAAACUAGACAGCGAGGUGCCAGAGGAAUUUAAAACCUCAAACUACCUAUAAAGUCAUCUGCAAACUAGGCAGCAAGGUGCCAGAGGAAUUUAAAACCUCAAACUACCU